UCCAACCCAUUUUGCUUCCCCCUUCCCACAGGACGUUGUUGGCGGUGGAGAUAAGCUGGGAAUUGGGAAGUCUUUGCCAAGCCACCGGGAGGGUUGCCUCUCCAUCAGCCGUGCGGGGCCGGGUGACAGUACUCCCAGCGCCGAGUUGGAGGCGUUCCGCUGGAGGUUCCUUGGCAGGCGAGAUCUCCGGAUGAAAUGGGUCCCCUCUCCGAGAACAAGAGCUGGGUGGUGAUUGUGAACUGCACAUCCUGCGGCCACUCGGUGAACCCUUUCCGGGCCGUGGCUUUAGGGGCGGUGCUGGGCUCCUUCAUCCUCUUCGCGAUCUUGGGCAACAUCUUGGUGGUCCUCGCGGUGGCUCUCCACAGGAACCUGCAGACGGUCACCAAUUACUUCAUCAUCAACCUGGCCAUCGCCGACCUCCUGCUCAGCUGCUCCGUGCUGCCCUUCUCGGCCACGCUGGAGAUCCUGGGCUACUGGGCAUUUGGCCGAGUCUUCUGCAACAUGUGGGCAGCCAUGGACGUCCUCUGUUCAACCGCCUCCAUUCUGAGCCUGUGCGUUAUCUCCAUCGACAGGAACAUAGGAGUGAGCUACCCCUUGAGGCACCCAACUAUCAUGACCGAGAAGAGAGCCCUGUUGACACUGGUGGCGGUUUGGUCGCUAGCCUUGGUGAUAUCCGUCGGACCCUUGUUCGGGUGGAAAGAGCUUCCUCCAGACGACGAGGCCAUCUGCAGAAUCACCGAGGAACCGGGCUACGUCUUGUUCUCGGCCUUUGGGUCCUUCUACGCUCCCUUGACGGUCAUCCUCGUUAUGUACUUCAGGGUCUACAUCGUGGCCAAGCGAGAAACCAAGAGUCUGUACGCUGGGACCAAGAGAGAGAGACUGCGGGCGGACCAAGUUACGCUGCGCAUCCACCGCAAAGACAACCAGGCGGAUAGCUCUCCUCGACUCUCCGAGCACGGCUCCAAAAGCAAAGGCACCCAGCUCAAAUCACACUUCUCCAUCUUGCUCCUCAAGUUCUCCAGAGAGAAGAAGGCCGCCAAGACGUUGGGAAUAGUGGUUGGAGGCUUCAUACUCUGCUGGCUCCCGUUCUUUGUCGUUCUCCCGAUAGGAUCUUUUUUCCCUGCCUACAAACCCCCGGAGACGGUCUUCAAAAUCACAUUCUGGCUGGGCUACUUCAACAGUUGCAUAAACCCAAUCAUAUACCACUCUUCACACCAAGAGUUCAAAAAGGCGUUCCAAAACAUUCUGAGGGGGCAGUUCAGACAGAGAAACCGCUCGUCCACCAAACAGUCUUUAGGUGGUAGUUCAGCCAGCGGACACGCUAAAGAAGGGGAGAAGGAAUUGAGACGCCUAUCUCUGGGGGCGAGGGAAACUUUCUACAAGGUCUCAGACUCGGAAGGGAUUUGCCAGUGGAAGUUAUUUUCGGAGCAGGGGACGAAAAGCAAACACAACUCAAACUGCCGGCCCUCGGACAGAAGGGGCAACUCCAUGUUCUGUCCUUGCUGCCCAGUUUCUAAGCCUGGCGCCCCAAGUUUGAAACUGCACACUAACUCAAUCGGUGACUACGGGGACCCCGUUUGAACUAGACGCUCCCCGCCACCUCCAAGAGGAACAAAUGCACGCCCUGAUCAUAAUUGCAUCCGCACUCACUGAAAACUCAAUGCAUCUCAAACCUUCUCCGACAGUGCUGAGCGCAGCGUUUGGACUAACACGAAAAGUUUGAAACAAUGUCAAAGGAUGGCCGGGCUAUGUGCAAUCUACUUCUAGCAAGGACACCAAGUCCAGCCAAGCGCUGGACACCCGGAGAGCGACCCAGAGAGGUUACUUUGAAGAAGGGUCUCGAUCCGUAGCGUCACCCAUUCCUUCUCUCCAGAGAUGCUGCUGCCUGUCCCGCUGAGUUACUCCAGUAUUUUGUGUCGAGCUUCCAUUACUUUACAAUGCUCCUGUUGCACACAGUUCUGCUUGAAGCGUGAAUCAACUCCACUUACUUCUUUGCAAACCUGAACAAUUCCUCGCUUGCCUGCGGCCUUACCUGCAUCGUGAAUCCGCUGCACGUAAUUUAAAUGAUGUAUCUUCGUGUUGCCACCAUCUGUUCUAAGCUUAAGCGUAAAGGUACACCUUUAAGGUAAAUUCAAUCAAAUUUCGCAGUGCACGGGAUUAAAUCCAGAACCCUCCACUUCCUAUCUCCUGUAGUUGCAGUCUGUGUUUAGCCCCAUCUCAGGUGAAACCUCUCCGAACAGAGAAGGUGCAUGGAAAAAUAAGUCAACUUUAAGCAUACAACCGCCAGCCAUCUUUCAGUUGCAAUGGCUGAUCUAUUACCCAUAUUGCACUGCAGCGGAGAAACUGCUCUAUACAUUGUACAUUGACCGUCGUAAGAAUUUAUCCAUCAUGGUAUUUUGUUUGGAAAUAAAAAAAAUCUUUAUUUUAUUCACUCUAGUUCAUAUUUUUUUACAAGUUAUUUUUAGUUACAAGAUUAUCCUGAAUCUGAGUCAUGCAGCAUCUCUGGAUGAUAUGGGUGCAUUACAUUUCAAGUCAGGACCAUUGUUCAGACUCAAUCUCAACCCUCAAACAUCAACCAACCAUGUCCUCCAGAUAUGCCGCCAGACCCACUGAGCUACUCGUUGUUUAAGAAGGAACUGCAGAUACUGGGAAAUCGAAGGUAGACAAAAAUGCUGGAGAAACUCAGCGGGUGAGGCUGCUGAGUUUCUCCAGCAUUUUUGUCUACCUGAUACUGCCUCACCCGCUGAGUUUCUCCAGCAUUUUUGUCUACCACUGAGCAACCACAAUUGUGUGUUUGAUUUUAUAAGCCAGCAUCCUCAUUUCUCCUGUGUGCAACGGCCCCAAUCAUUGUAUAUUAAACUCACUGAGAUAUCUGCACUCGUCCCAUUCCUUCAGAUGUUGCAUAUGAUUUUUAUUUUUAUUAUUUUUUAAAUAUUUUUAUUAGAAGCCGUGUAUAAACAGUGGCAUUAAUGACAUAAUACAUUUAUUGUACAGCUUCAAUUUUAAUUUAUCAAAGAUGAAAUAGAAAAAGAGAAGAAAGUGCAGAAAGAAGAAAGAAAGAAAAUGAAAUAGACCAUGAAUGUGCAAGAAUAGAACUCCUAAACCAAAGAUCUUAUAGCAUAGCUCUGCUCUAAGAUCUUUGCCCUAAACCACCAAAUGAGUGUAGUCGAAGAGUGAGUGUGUAAAAGAAAUAGGAAAAACCUAAAGAAAUAAAAAGACAAAAACUGGAAAAGAAAAAGUGUUGAUAUACCUGCUUCAUUUCUCUCCCCACCCAUCACCCAGUCUGUAAAUUGGUUUAAUUCUGAAGUUGUGUUGCACCAUAAUAUCCUUGUAAUAAAUCAAUGAAAUGAAUCCAUAUCUUUGAAAAUUGCUCUGAUGUUCCAGCUAAGACAAGUCUCAUAUCUUCAAGAUGUGCGUCUCAGACAUGUUUGGAUGUUGCUUAAGAUUUAGUCUGGGUUAUUUUUUGCAUCCAAUUUGUCAUGAUGAGUGACACUAGAAUGUAUCAUUUAUACUUUGGAAAAACUAUUGCAAAUUUUUCCGUGGGCAAUUAAGAAGUUUGUUGGCUAGCUCCAAGACUUCCAGGUUGUACGAAGAAUGGCUGCAAGCUGCUAUCUGCGACCCACUCCAGACAUACCUGAAAUGAAUAUGUGUAGGAAGGAACUGCAGAUGCUGGUUUAAACCGAAGAGAGACACAAAAAGCUGGAGUAACUCAGCGGGACAGGCAGCAUCUCUGGAGAGAAGGAAUGGUUGUCAUCCUGAAGAAGGGUCUCGACCCAAAACGUCAACCAUUCCUUCUCUCCA